UGGUUCAUUGAGCUCUUCCGUGUUCGUUAUCUUUGAUUGAUGAUGGGUUUUUGGUAUUUUAAUGAUGUAUUUAUGCUGUUACCAGAUGUUCGAUAGAUGUAAGCUUGUAGCCUAAUUUCAUAUGCAUGUAACCAACCGCUUUACCUAAUAUCUAAUAAUCUUUGUAUUAAUUGUCAUCAAAGUUAAAGCCCUUGACGUUGAAAGGAUGACACAAGCUUUCUCCUGGUUUACUUAUCUUUUGGUCUGUCUGAAAACAUUGGCUUUAAAGAUGGAAGCAGAAACGUCUUGGACCACUUAUCCGUACAACUACAUUACCACACAUGUCCCUGAAGCUGAAUCAUACUCUGAUGAGCAGAGCCAAGAUGAGACCAAAGUCCAAACCUUUCCAAUGGAUUCUCUUCUCCCAAACGAUUUAUUAGAAAGAAUCCUCACCUUUCUCCCCAUCGCAAGCAUCUUCAGAGCUGGCACCGUCUGCAAAAGAUGGAACGAGAUUGUAUCUUCUCAAAGAUUCUUAUCCAACUUCUCCAACAACAACAGCUCUGUUCCUCAGAGUCCUUGGUACUUCAUGUUCACUAGCACGGACGACCCAUCCGGUUAUGCUUACGACCCGGUUAUCAGAAAAUGGUACAGCUUCGAUCUCCCAUGCAUCGAGACUUCGAACUGGUUCGUUGCUUCCUCUUGUGGGUUGGUUUGUUUCAUGGAUAAUGACUGCAGAAACAAGAUCUAUGUCUCAAACCCGAUAACCAAACAUUGGAGGAAGCUCACCGAACCGCCCGGUCACAGAUCAACAGACUACACCGCAUUGUCUACCUCUGUAAACAGAGCAAAACAGAGUUACUCUGUUUCGAUAGUGAAGUCAAAGCAAGUUCCGGGGGACUUCUUCCAGUGGGAUCUCUCUGUUCAUCUCUACAGCUCCGAGACAAUGACUUGGACGACACGUGUAACCGAUGUCUUAACCGGAUGGAGAGGAGGAGACGAGAGUGUGAUCUGCGACAAUGUUCUGUAUUUCUUGAUUUACUCAACCGGAGGCUCUGAUCAUCGCCACGGCUUGGUUGCUUUGGAACUAUCGUCCACAUCAUCCUCUAGCGGAGUCUUGAUGAGGAGUUUUAUACCAAUGCCGUGUUCUUUAACCUGUGGAAGGUUGAUGAACCUGAAGGAGAAGCUUGUGGUCGUUGGAGGGAUAGGGAAACACGAUAGACCAGACAUCAUCAAAGGGAUUGGUGUUUGGGUUCUGAAAGGAGGAGGAGGCAAAGAGUGGCAAGAAGUGGCGAGAAUGCCUCAGAGAUUCUUCCAAGGCUUCGGUGAGUUGGAUGAUGUUUUUGCUAGUAGUGGCAGUGAUGAUAUGGUUUACGUUCAGAGCUAUGGAUCUCCUGCGCUUUUGACUUUCGACAUGAACUUAAAGUGUUGGAAGUGGUCUCAGAAGUGUCCUGUCUCCAAGAAGUUCCCUCUUCAGCUCUUUACUGGAUUCUGCUUCGAACCAAGGCUCGAGAUCGCUCCAUAGAUGUAUGUGAAAGUGUUGGCCUUUUGGGUUUGUUUUUGCACAGAGAAAUGGCUUUGAGGUUGAAGAAAAGUAUUGUUAUUUACAAUUUGGUACUUCAUUAAUCAUUGAUUUCUCAAAAGAGGCCCAUAUAGUUUUUAAUAUAGUAAGUCGAAUCCAUAUUAACGUCCACAGUAUCUCAUUGUACUGUACUGAAACUGGAGUUUGUCUUGUUGCUGUUCCUGGUGGAUAAAAUUAAACUUUUAUCUUACUGCAACUAUUAAUAAUGAAUUUUUUAAGGUGUAUUCAUUGAAGAUACUUGUAACUUGUUUUAAGAUUUUAUGUUUUUGUACUUGAAUUGAAUUGAAUUGAAACUGGACCUAGUUUGGUGA